UGUUAAAAGCAAUAAAUUUGAAAUUAUGUUGACAGUUGAAAAAAAUUAAGGGAAUUUCGUUCGACCUAUGCCUUUUAGUGAGACUAUCCCCGGGUCAGCGAUUCCCCGUUCAAAGAGAAUACAAAUACAACUACUGUCUGGCGGAACUACGGGCAUUGUAGAGGUUUCUCUCUUGACGCCACUGGAUUUCGUUAAAACACGAUUGCAGCUGCAGAUAAAUAGCGCGACAAAGGCUGAUAGUAAUUACAAUGGCCUUAUCGAUGCGUUUGCCAAGAUCUAUCGCCAGGAAGGAAUCACAGCAUUCUGGCGAGGAAUGAUUCCGCCUUUACUCUCCGACACUCCUCGGCGAGCGAUCAAGUUUAUGGCUUUUGAGCAAUUGAAGCCAGUUUUUCUAUUUGGUGCUGCAAGCCCGACUUUUAUCACUUAUGUACUAGCUGCAGGAAUAGCGGGAAUGAUUGAAGGCUCACUGCAGAAUCCCUUCGAAGUGGUGAAGAUAACUCAGCAGGCGAAUCGGAAGAAAAAACUGAAUACCGCCACUGUGGCGAAAAAGAUCUUCAAAAAGGGUGGCUUUGGUUUACAAGGUUUCUUCAAAGGUGUAACUGCAACAGCUUGUCGAAAUGGUAUUUAUCACGUCUCGCACUUGGGGUUUUUUUCCACUGUCCGUGAUGCAACUCCUGCUUGCAAGACUAAAACUAGAGAAUUUGUUCGUAAAGUUGGACUGGCUAUUAUAUUCAGCUGGAUGGGUUGCCUUAUGAGUAUUCCUUUUGAUGUGACCAAGUCCAGGAUACAAGGACCACAGCCUUUUAAGGGUCAUAUCAAAUAUUCUAGAGCAUUUCGUACGCUCUGUACAAUCUACAAAGAGGAAGGCUUUGCAGCCCUGUACAAGGGAUUAACUCCUCAGAUAAUACGUCAAGCUCCUGCUGGAGUUAUUUUACUUUUGGGCUAUGAUUUUAUGAGUAACUUCUUGUCAUCGAAGUUGGUAUAAGGAUAUAUAUAUAGUAGAUAUAGUUUGCAAAGAUUUUAAUUGUAAAGGUAAGAUCUAGGAGGAUGUACCUAAAUCGGAGACCUGAUAUAUAUUUAAACAGAUAUCAAAAAUAAG